AUGGGCAAGUUGAUAUGCUGCCCAUGGGCCAACAGUGAAGCUUUGACCUGUCUUCAUGUGACACGACCCUAUGCUUCCAUACCAUCUACAGAAGUCAAGAGACAAAAGCUACAUAUCUUCUGCGAUGCUUCAAUCAAGGCAAUCGCUGCUGUAGCAUACCUAAAGACCAUUGAUGACAAAGAACAAUGCCAUGUAGGAUUCGUCAUGAGUCGGACCAAACUGGCACCUCUCCGCGAACACACAAUACCCAGACUGGAGCUCUGUGCUGCUGUGCUUGCAGUGGAGUUGGCUGAACUUAUAACUUCAGGAAUAGGCCUAGAAAUCAAAGAAGUCGAGUUCCACACGGACAGUAAGGUAGUCCUAGGAUAUAUCUGCAACGAAACUAGACGCUUUUAUGUCUACGUCUCCAAUCGGGUGCUGAGGAUCAGGAGAUCCACUAGUCCUCAACAGUGGCACUACGUGCCUACACAACAUAAUCCUGCAGACCACGCGACCAGAUCCGUCGCAGCCUGCCACCUGAAAGCCACAACAUGGUUCACAGGUCCUGCGUUCCUGUACCGUUCAACUGCUUGCGAUAUUGGAUACGACACAUUUGAAUUGAUAGACCCAGACGCGGAUGAAGAGAUCCGACCUGAAGUGUCUGUCCUUAACACAGUGACUUCUGAUCAUCAACUUGAAUCUCACCGUUUCAGCAGGUUCUCCACCUGGAUGUCUCUGGUCCGUGCGAUAGCCAUCUUGAUUCAUAUAGCUAAGUCCUACACAUCUACAGUAACUGUGAGUCAGAAACCUUGUAAAGGUUGGCAUCACUGCAAGAACGCCUUUACUGCUUCCAAUCUGGAGAAGUCCAAGGACAUAAUAAUCCACACAAUUCAAUCUGAAUGUUACACUAAGGAGAUAGAAUACCUCAGAAAAGGCCAAACAGUCUCCAAAGACAGUGCUUUGAGAAAGCUUGAUCCCGUCAUUGAUCGGAAUGGGUUGAUGAGAAUAGGAGGCCGUCUUCAGGAGGCCAAAGUAGAAUUCAGAGAAAAACAUCCUAUAGUACUUCCAGGACAUCACCAUGUUACGACCCUACUCAUACGACAUCACCAUGUUCAAACAAAACACCAAGGACGAUUGUUUACUGAAGGGAAUCUACGAGCUGCUGGAAUAUGGAUUGUGGGAGCAAAGAGACGUGUAAGCCAGGUCAUUUUCAACUGCAUCACCUGUCGCAAACUUCGUGGUGUGUCUCGGAACCCAAAAAUGGCCAGUCUCCCAGCUGAAAGACUCAACACAGAUCCUCCCUUCACGAACGUUGGCUUAGACGUAUUUGGUCCCUGGUCAGUGGCUACCAGACACACAAGAGGCGUUCACACCGGUGCAAAGCGUUGGGCAGUCCUGUUUACGUGCAUGUCCAGCAGGGCAGUCCAUAUAGAAGUGAUCGAAUCUAUGGAUGCUUCCAGCUUCAUAAAUGCAUUCCGACGGUUUAUCGCCAUUAGAGGACCUGUGAAAUGUAUUCAUUCAGAUAGAGGCACGAAUUUCGUUGGAGCAGUAAAAGAACUCCAAAUUCCUUCCAACUUGGAUACUGCCAAAGUGGACAGAUACCUAAAUGAGCAAGGAUGCACAUGGACCUUUAAUCCACCUCAUUCUGGGAAAGGAUGAUAGGGAUAGCAAGGAAAAUCUUGGAUUCCAUCUUCUUGCAAGUAGGGAGUACAAGACUCACACAUGAAAGCCUGGUCACAUUCUUGGCAGAAGUCUCAGCCAUCAUGAACGCAAGCCCGUUGACUACCCUUUCCAGUGACCCUGAAGAUUUGAUGAUCCUUACCCCUGCCAUGUUACUCACACAGAAGACCAGCACCAUGAGUGCUCCACCUGGAGAAUUUACUGAAAAAGACCUGUAUAGACGUCAAUGGAGGCAGGUGCAAAAUCUUUCUAAUGUCUUCUGGGACAAGUGGAGAAAAGAGUAUGUCUCUACCUUGCAGUUAAGAAGGAAGUGGCAAACUAACGAGCCGAACAUCAGACCUGGGGAUGUUGUGCUCAUGAAAGACCACCAAUCACAUCGGAAUGAGUGGCCACUGGGCCUCAUCACCAACACGUUUCCGAGCAAGGAUGGGAGUGUACGUAAAGCCGAGGUCAAAAUCUGGAAGCUUGGCGAGUGCAAACUAUUCCUCAGACCAACCACAGAGCUUGUGUUGUUGUUUUCACCUGAGAAGACAAGUAGUGACGUCCGUUGACGUCAGGCGGGGAGUGUUCUGCCCCACAUCAAGGGUUGAAGUAUCAUUCCUAUUCAACAAGUUAGAAUCUGUAUAGUAGUUACGUAACAGCGCCAUCUACUGGCAAUAGAAAUCCACUGUGAUUUAUGUUUCUCACAUUUGUAUAAUUAAAGUUGUUCUUCAGUAUGCAACUACAGUGCAUUGUGGGUAGCUAGUGCAUUCUGGGAAGGAGAAGGAAGCCACCAUAUUGUCUACAACAUAUAUUGCAUAGCUCUCUUUACAUUCCUGCUUCUUAAACCUCCAUUAUCCUACAGCCAGCAUAUCUGUUUUACCACACAACACACACAGACGCAAACACACAUGCGCACAUGCGCACAUACAUCUGUGUUCCUGUUUUCUAAUUGCAACUGACCACUUACGAUCAACAACCUGUUAUCAAUAAACAAGUUAGAUUACAA